UUAAUUUGGCAACACUGAUACAGUGAUACAUGAAAAGUGCUUGUCAUUAAGCUUUGUGGCAUUUUCUAUAAAUACUCAAAAAAGCAAGGUAAAUACACUUUAUUCAUCAUCACACCAUCUACUUAACUAUAUUCAACACCUUUUCAUUCAAGCAAAGAUGCCUGCAACAGCUCUUUUUGGUAGCUCCGCUACUGGUCCUGGUUCAACAGGCGGUAAUAAACACUUAAUCGAAAUGCGAGCGGGAAAAAUGAACCUAAAAGGUCGCAUGGUUUACCCAGAUAAAAGAAAAGGUUUACUUUACGUCUAUCAAAGUGAGGAUUCCCUAAUGCAUUUUUGCUGGCAAGAUCGCACCACGGGAAUUAUCGAGGAUGAUUUAAUAAUUUUUCCUGAUGAUUGUGAAUAUGUUAAAGUUACUCAAUGCACUACCGGGCGAGUUUAUCUGCUUAAAUUUAAAUCAUCAAAUCGCAAGUUCUUUUUUUGGCUUCAAGAACCAAAUGCAGAUAAAGAUGAGGAUCAUUGCAAGAGGAUUAAUGAGUACUUAAAUAAUCCUUCAGGAGCUGUGCAAACUCAAGGAGGAGCAGAUACCGAUUUACAAUCACUUUUGAAUAAUAUGUCUCAAUCGCAAUUGAUGCAAUUGUUUGGUGGAGGGCAAAUGGGGGGACUUUCAAGUUUAUUAGGAACAAUUAGUCGUCCUUCAACAGCUGGAGCUCGUUCUUCAACAACAACCCCAGCAAUAACUCAUCGUACAAUGCCAACAACUCCAACAACAGCUUCCAGUCAAGUUACAACACCUGGAGUUGAAACACCUCCAGCAUCAGGUGCCCCUCAAACGCCCAAUGCUCCAAAACCAACCAGAACGCGCCCUCCAAUCCAAACAAGCGAAGGAGGAACUGCGGGUAGCGCCCCAAUACAACUAUCUGAUUUGCAAAGCUUUCUGCAAGAUUUAUCAUUACCACCGAGAACUGGAGCAACCUCACAACCUCAACAAUCAGUCGAUUUAUCAACAGCUUUAACUUCUGAUAGUUUAUCAGGGUUAAUGAAUAAUCCUGAGGCUUUAGAACAAUUACAAAGUCAUUUACCUGCUGUUGAUGGAAACAUACAGGAUCAACUUAGAUCUACAUUGGCAUCACCCCAAUUUCAACAAGCUGUUUCCCAAUUUUCAAGUGCUUUAGAAUCGGGGCAGUUAGCGCCGGUUGUGUCGCAAUUAGCAGUUAAUCCUGAAGCCAUUAGUGCGGCGGCUCAAGGUAAUAUGCAGGAAUUUUUGAAAGCAUUGGAAAAAACUGGGCCGACAUCAGGAAAUGGACAGGGAUCGGCUGAUAAAGAAAAAGACAAAAAAGAGGCCCCUACAAAAGAUGAUAAAAAAGAUGACGAUGAAGGGAUGCAAUUGGAUUGAUUUUAUUUUCUUUUUAAUGUUUGGCUUCUUCAUCUUCACAAGUUGAAUUUAUUUGCUUAUAAAAAAUGCUUUUAAAAAUUAUAAGAUUUUGUAUUUAUGCGGAAUACCUGUAUAAUAAUUGAAAAACAAAUUGGUAAUUCAUCUAUGGUAAUAAAAAAACUGAUAAAUGGAUAAAUGUUGUAACGUUUUUUAGUAAACUAGGUAAAACCAGUAAAUUUUUCUUCUAAGGCUGAACAAGCUAUGACAAGUGACAUAGUA